GUGUGUGUGCGUGUGUUUAUGUCUGUGUGUGUGCGCCCGAGCUUCACUCCAGUGCGUGAUGGAUCUCAUCUUCACUACACGUUGGAUUCGGAACACAAUCCAAACUGCAUUUCUUUUUUUAAUUACUGGGAUGAUUACACUUUCUAAACAGGCAGCUUGAGAUUUAUUUUAUUGCAUCCAGGUCUGUGUGUGUGUCUGUGUGUGUUAAUAAUACUGACUGAGAGUGUGUUUGACUUUUUGCAACUGCAACUGCAAAAAAAAAAAAAAAAAAGAAAUCAAAGAGAAGCUGAAAGGACACAUGGACUUUACUCAGGCUCCUCAGCUGUUCCUUUCUCGGUGUGUGUGAGUGUUGGUGGGAGUGUGUGACAAUGUUCCGGACACUGAUUGUGCUGCUGUGUUGUGUGUCUGCACUGCUGCCUGUGUCUCCAGCGGCCGAGCGGAUUAAGGUUCUCUUCACGCCGACCAUCUGCAGGCUGCGCUGCUCCAACGGACACUGCACCAACUACUGCGAGCGAGGCAACAUUACAACACUGUACAGCAACGAGGACGCCACACAUACGUCUGGCUUCAGAGUGUUUCUGUGUCCCAUGUUGUGUAAAAAUGGAGGUGUGUGCAUUCAUAAGGAUCGAUGUCUCUGUCCUUCCAACUUUACUGGAAAGUUCUGCCACAUCCCCGUAUCUCCAUCCUCAUCCCCUUCCAACGAGAUUGAGAAGCUGCCCUCAAGUGCAAAUGUUCCAGCCAGUCAGGGGCUGAUGCAUUCAGAGUAUGUCCUCCCUUUACAGAGUCGACAGCAGAACCACACCAAUGGGUCUCCUAUGGUGACUGUACGAGUCCACCAUCCUCCUGAAGCAACAGUAAAGAUCCACCAGGUGGUGAAGGUCACUUCAGGUUCAAGCUCGGAGACAGUGGUGCGGUCUUCAGGGCUCUCAGGUUACCGUGCCAACAGCAGACCUAGCAGCACUUUUCUGGCAGACAGAGCAGAGGCUACACCCCCACUUAUCCAGGCCCAAACAUUCAGGGGAGACUCUGUGUACACAGAGGCGUCCGGAUUUAAAUAUUGCUUCAGAGAAGUUCAUAACGGACAGUGCAGUUCUCCACUGCCGGGACUCCGCAGUCAGGAAACGUGCUGCAGGGGGGAUGGUAUAGCAUGGGGGAUUAAAGAGUGUACACUCUGCCCUCUAAUAUCAGGAAGUGGCACAAGUGGAGAGAGAAGUUGUCCAAAAGGGUUUGAGAGGAUUAAUGGUACACAGUGCGUGGAUAUUAACGAAUGCUUGCAGCCGGGUUUCUGUGAAAACGGGAAGUGUGUGAACACCCGUGGGAGCUACAGCUGUGUUUGCAAACCUGCUUUCAUAUUGGACGCCUCACGUGGCAUCUGUAUCUCCCAGAAGGUGAUUUCAGAAGAAAAGGAUCAGUGUUUCCGUAUUGUCUCUCAGGGCUCCUGCUCUUUGCCCAUUCUGAAGAACAUCACCAAGCAGAUCUGCUGCUGCAGUCGUGUCGGUAAAGCCUGGGGAAGGAAGUGUGAGGCAUGCCCAUAUUUUGGAUCUGGUGAAUUUAAGGAGAUAUGCCCUGCUGGUCCUGGCUACCAUUAUUCACCCAACACACUGAAAUUGAAUCAGAGGGUUACAGAACCACUCAACCCUUCAGUGAUUUCUAAGACCAAUCACACCUCAACUACAGUGACUAGAUAUGAUACAUCAUUAUUACAAUCAACAACAAGAAAUGAAGCAGUGCAUAACCAAAGACCUACGAGGCCUCAAUCUCCAACUAUCAGUCAUAAUGUCAGGAUUCAGCAAUCCAGUUCUGGUCAAAGACAACCACUUACGUCAGAAGUUUUCAUCAUUCAGAGUGAACCACAGCUAAAUCAGCACAGACAAGCAGGAGGUUCUGCUUCAUCCACUAGCCAGCCAAGCAGAGAACAUCCCCAUGUUUUUAGGCCCCAGACAAGCAGGCCAUCAGUUUCCAGACACAAUUAUCCUCCAAUUGGACCUCUUCCAGUUCCUUCCACAGCCCGUCCACAUCCACCCAGAACAGAUAACCGUGUGUGUGAGACUAACCCUCAGGUUUGUGGGCCGGGUCGUUGCAUUGACUUGGCUGUAGGGAAACACACAUGUGUGUGUAAUCCUGGAUUCAUCCUCAAUUCUCAAGCCGGUCGAUGCCAAGAUAUAAAUGAGUGUUUGAUGACUCUAAGGCCAUGUUUGGCUGGUCAGUGUGAGAAUACACUGGGAAGUUUUCGCUGUGUGUGUCCUUCAGGCUACAGGAAUAAUGCACAGCAAAACCUGUGCUCAGAUAUCGAUGAAUGUCGUCUGAUCCCUAACCCUUGCACGAAUGGCCACUGUGAGAACACAAUGGGCAGCUUUCGCUGUGUGUGCAGGACCGGAUACAAACUGCAAAACAACACAUGCACCGACAUUGAUGAGUGUGAUGACCCGCUCCGCUGUCCAGGGAAAGAGUGCAUAAACACUCAAGGUUCCUAUAGUUGUGUGUCUUGCAAACCUGGAUUUGGUCUUCUUAACGGCCAGUGCUCAGAUAUUGAUGAGUGCCGUCAGCGUCCAUCGCUUUGCUCUAGUGGCCGCUGUGAGAAUACACCUGGCAGCUACAGAUGUGUGUGCAAUAAAGGGUUCAAGCUACAGGGUACCACCUGCACAGAUGUGAAUGAAUGUGAUGAUGCUCUGCAGUGCCCUGGUCAGGGGUGUAUUAACACUCUGGGAUCAUACAGAUGUGUGUCAUGUGGCCCUGGAUUUGCAAUAACAAACAGAAGAUGCACAGAUAUCGAUGAGUGUGGUCAAGUUCCUGCGCCCUGUACUAACGGCCGCUGUGAGAAUACACUUGGGAGCUACAGAUGUGUGUGUCAUACAGGGUACAAGUUUCAAGAGAACAAGUGCACAGACAUAAAUGAGUGCGAGAACUCUCUGCAGUGUCGUGGUCAGCUGUGUGUGAACACUCCAGGUUCAUUCCGGUGUACAUCCUGUGGGGCUGGAUACAGCUUUCAUAAUGGACAGUGCACAGAUGUGGAUGAGUGUGCUCAAAACACACGCCUCUGUGCUAACGGACGUUGUGAAAACACCCCUGGGAGUUUCCACUGUGUUUGUCGACCUGGAUUUAGAUUGGAGGCGAAUACCUGUACAGACGUGGACGAGUGUGAGAAUGAACUUCAGUGUCCAGGACAAAAGUGUGUGAACUCUGUUGGCUCGUUCAAGUGUGUUUCUUGCAGUCCUGGCUUCAAGAUAAUUAAUGGCCAGUGUCAAGAUGUGGACGAGUGCAGGCAGACUCCGUCCCCAUGCUCGAACAGCCAUUGUGAAAACACUCCUGGGAGCUUCACGUGUGUAUGUCGCUCUGGAUUCAGACUGCAAGGAAACACCUGCACAGAUGUCGAUGAGUGUGAGAACUCUGGAAUAUGUGGGCCAAAGAGUGUGUGUGUGAACAUGGACGGUUCAUACAGGUGUGAGUGUCUGCCCGGGUUCCGUGCUACAGGACCUGGACGCCAGUGUCGAGACAUUAACGAAUGUUCCGAAGGGGAGUUCUGCUUCCCUAGAGGAGAGUGUGUGAACACAGAGGGCUCGUACAAGUGUGUGUGCUCUCAGGGUUACAUCACAAGUGCCAAUGGAACUCUCUGUCAGGAUGUGGAUGAAUGUGCUCGAGAUGGAGUGUGCGAGGACGGACGCUGCACCAACACUGAUGGCUCAUUUGUGUGUCACUGCAAAACUGGUUUUACCGCUAAUCCUGAAAAAACAGCCUGUCUGGAUGUGGAUGAGUGUGUGGAAACUGGCGGAAGUGUGUGCGGUUCUCAGCGCUGUGAGAACACCAUUGGCUCGUUCCGUUGCUUCAUCACCUGUGAACCUGGAUACAGCCUCACUGGUACAGGCGAGUGUGUAGAUAUUAAUGAGUGUGCAAACGAGAGUGUGUGUGGCCAUCAUAUGUUCUGUCGGAAUCUGAUUGGAACCUACCAGUGUAUCUGUGACCAGGGGUACGAGACAGCACCAGACGGACGCUCCUGCGUGGACAUUAAUGAGUGUGUAGUCAUGGUGGGUGUGUGUGGCGGAGCACGCUGUUGGAAUGUUGAAGGUUCAUUCACCUGUGAAUGUGAGAAUCGUCAGGAAGAGUUUGACCCACUUACACGACAGUGUGUGACUACAGGAUCAGGAUCAGGGUCAGCAUCACGUCUACCUCAGCCAGGAGAAAAAAUCGAGUGUUACUCUACUGUGGAUCAGAGUGGCCAGUGUGCAGUUCUGUCCUCUAAUACGACUGUAGAGGAGUGCUGCUGCACCGUAGGCCGAGCCUGGGGGAUCAGAUGUCAAUAUACUCUCUGCCCACAAGCUGAAACACCUGAAUUCCAAACAAUGUGUCCGAGUGGGCGUGGCUAUGUGACUUCUGCAGUGGGGGCCUUCAGCUAUAGGGACGUGGACGAGUGUAAACUCUUUGACCCAGAAUUGUGUAAAGGUGGUGUGUGUGUAAACAACAUCCCUGGUUACUCAUGUUACUGCCCCAGUGGAUACUACUAUGACUCGAACCUAUUGGAGUGUGUAGAUAAUAAUGAGUGUGAGAAUGAGGAUACAUGUCUGGGUGGUUUGUGUGUAAACACACUUGGUUCAUUUUAUUGCACAUGUGAGCCGCCUUCAGUGCUGGAUAACACUCAGCGCUUCUGUGUCAACAACUCGGGUCUCAUUGUGGGUGAAGAGCUCUCAUUUUGUUGGCAGCAUGUAACAGCUGAUCUUAUGUGUCAGAGACUUUUGCCAAGAGUUCAUUUGACAUUUUCUCAGUGUUGCUGUUUACAUGGAGAAGCAUGGGGGCUUCACUGUGCUUUGUGUCCUCGCAGAGACACUGAGGAAUAUGAGGAAUUGUGUAGCACUUUUGGUCCUCCUCCAAAUUCACCUCGAUAUAUAGAGAGUUAUCCCCCAUGGGAAAGAGGAAGUUACAGAACUCCAUACGUUGACACUGAUUACCCGGAGAUACCUUCUGAUUACACUGACUAUGAAGGAACAGGACGUAGAUCUGGAUUAAGGACGCAACCAGUUGAUUCAUAUACCACCUUUGUAACUCCUGGACUUGGUCGUUACUAUGAUGAGGAAGAUUAUGAUUCCCCUGCUGCUCUUCCAUUCAGACCAGAUCCUCGCGCCGGACGUUAUUAUGGCUCACGCUUUAUUCAAUCCCCACUCACUGAAGGGGAUGAACAUGACGAGUCAUGGAGACGCCAUGCCCCGUUCCCACCCUUUACUGACAGAAGUCCAGGAAGUGAAAGGCCACGGAGAGUCUAUGAAAGGCGGUAUGAGUCAUUCGCUGGCCUGCCAGAAGAAGAAUGUGGAAUACUGCAGGGCUGUGAAAAUGGCCGCUGUGUUCGUGUAGGCGAAGGAUACACCUGUGACUGUUAUGACGGAUACCAGCUCGAUGUCGCCUCUAUGACUUGUCAAGAUGUGGAUGAGUGUGAGGACCCAACCUUUCCUGAGUGUAUAAAUGCACGGUGUGAAAACACAGAAGGUUCAUACAGAUGUGUGUGUCUGCGGGGAUUCAUCGCAUCACGCAGACCGAACUACUGCAUACCUGCUUAACCCAAAUGCGCGCACACAGAGACACAGACACACCUAUAGCAAUAAUCGUGACUCAAAUAGCUAUAAACUAUAUUCUAUUAUAUUGGAUGGUUUUAUAAACACUAUAGUUUUUAUCUCUCCUGGUUGUAAAUUGUUUUAUAUAUAUUUGUUUUAUAUAGAUGUUACACUAAUGCAGUAUAUGAACCAUUUAGGCACAAGAUCUUUUUAGUCUGUGAAAGGUUGGCUAUUAUUACAGACACUGAUUCAGUAAACACAUUUAAGUAGAAUUUAUUUGAAGCUGGUUAUAAAUGCUUAAAUAUUUGAAUGUCAUUAAGUGUUAUGUUUGAUAAAUGAACUUUAAUGUCUUAGAGGUUUUAAACAUCCCUAUAUUUGUUUGUGAUUCUACGUUUACGUAUCACCCAUCUGUAACACAAUGCACUGUAUUUGGGACCUUUUUUUUUAUUUUACAGUGAUUAACUGUUUUUCUUUUUUUAAGAUGUUUGUUCUUUGCAUUGCCAUAUAUUUUUAAUACGGCGAAAUUCUGAAGUGUCAAAAAAUAAAUUUGCAAAUAUUACAGUUCA